CUAGACAAGAGAAAGGACCCAUCUGUUCAUCCUGCAGCAGAUAAAGAGAGCUGGAGAGGGGGCCAGACACAGAGAAUGAGCAGGAGCAGGAAGUUGCUUUGUGUUCCACCAGGGAUGGAGAUCUGGCUGACUGUCCUCUGAGAGCGAGCGCUGAGUCUUCCUGUACAAAAAUCAUGCAACCAAGAUGAAAAUGUGGAUUUUCAUCCUGUGCCUGAGUAAUGAAUGGAUGCAGACAGCUUCUGCUGCCAGUGUGACCCCAACUCCCUCGUCUCAACCCGCUACACCCACCGAAGAUGAGAGCACCCAGCUGGUGGAUUGGCUGAUCAAGUAUGGCUACCUGCCCCCGUCGGACUCCUCUACUGGGCAGCUGCAGGCCUGGACAGCUGUCACUGACGCUGUCAAAGCCAUGCAAAUGUUUGCCGGCCUCAAAGACUCUGGAGUUUUAGAUGAAGAGACACUGGCACUGAUGAAGAGCCCACGCUGUUCCCUUCCUGACCAAGACGAACCGUCCAAGUCACUGGUCUUCCAGCAGGGGAAGGAGAUACGGAAGAGGAGGAGAUCUGUCUCCAUGUGGGCCCGCAGGAACAUAAACUGGAGGUUGCACUCCUACCCUUCCUCUUCACACCUGUCCAGGGAGAUGGUUCGUUCUCUGGUCUUCUAUGCUCUGAGAGUCUGGGCAGAGCCAACGCCGCUGGAAUUCCAUGAGGUGGGCAGCCCAGAGGCAGCUGACCUGCAGGUAGACUUUCUCCAAGGUUACCAUGGUGAUGGCUAUCCCUUUGAUGGAGCGGGUGGAGCAGUGGGUCAUGCUUUCUUCCCUUCAGAUCCUGCCAGGGCAGGAGGAGUUCAUCUGGAUGCAGAGGAGGAGUGGGCUUUCAGACAGCCAGCUUAUGAGGGCACGGACCUGUUUACAGUGUUGGUCCAUGAGUUUGGUCAUGCUCUGGGACUGGCCCACUCUUCGUCCCGCCACUCGGUGAUGAGGCCAUACUACCAGGGUCCUGUUGGAGACCCUUUGCACUACCGCCUGGGACAGCAAGAUCUGGAGCACAUCACUCACAUCUAUGGUAAAAGGAACCAGCUUCUGCCGACAGAUGCUCCUCGUCUCACAAAGAAGCCUAAGCUGCACCACAGAGCCCAUCACCACCAUCACAGACAUGGCCCUCCCAUAGAUCGCUGUAACACCAGCUUUGAUGCUGUGGCAAAGAUAAGAGGAGAGACUUUCUUCUUCAAAGGCCUGACGGUGUGGCGGGUGAACGGUGGGGGUUUGGUGUCAGGGCGUGGCGCUGGGGUCAGGAGGCUGUGGAGGGGUCUGCCCCCUGACCUGCUGCGCCUGGACGCCGUGUUGGAGAGGCGUUCAGAUCACGCCAUCAUCUUCAUCAGCGGCUCCAAGUUCUGGCUGUUCAGGGAUCUGGCCCUUCAGGACGGCUACCCUCGGCCCCUGACUGCUCUCCGGAUGGGGGUGAGCCUGACUGCAGGAGAACCUGAUGAUGAUGAUGAUGAUGAUGAUGCAGUGCCGGGAUCUGGACAGUGGGCUGUGGUGUGGGAUCCAGAGGAAGGACCUGUGUGGGGAAAAGUGGGAGAUUUAGAGGAAGAGAAGCAGGAAGACAAGUGGAGUCAGCUUCUUAGGGACGGUGUCAGCGGCAUCACCACCGACAACGACGGUUCUGUUUAUCUGUUCAGAGGAGAUUCCUACUGGAAGUUCAUGUUUCCAGGCUCUGCACCACAGGACGGAUACCCACGAUCCUCCGCUGCAGACUGGUUGGACUGCGUCGACUCCUUGUCCCCGCCUGCAGUGGAUGACUUCUCACUGUCCCUGUCUCCUCCUGCGGGAAGACAAGAGCUGCGGGAAACACGGAGGGAGGACGGACAAGAUGGGGACGUAGGAGGGAGCAGGAGGGACAGACACUGGCAUCAACCCAAAUACAGACAGGAAAGCGGGUCACACAUCUGGACACAGUGCACAUGCCAAAGUAAAGCACCAGGUGGCAGCAAAGCAUCUGGGUUGUUGGUUUGUCUGCUCGUGAUGUGGCGUCUGACCAGGCUUUAGAAAAUCUCAUGUUUUAUCAGGAGAGUGUUUGUGUAACUGUAAUAGAAUAAAUUCACACUGCAGCUGUAAAGAUGUAGUUUUAGUUCAGGUUAAGAGAACUCUAGCAUGUCCGUUGGAAAGUUUCAUGAUUGUUUAUAAUUUGCCUCUGCUGGAUGUAGUAGAGAGAUCUAGAGAUCUAAAGUACAUCAGACUUUUCACACUUUGUUCAUGCAGGGUGGGACGGUUCUUCCUAACACUCGCCCAACUGAGCUGCUUCAACUGCUCAGUUUAAUUAUUUUUUUUUUUCAUUUUUAUGUACAGUUAAAACCAAAUAUUUACAUACAGAGAUUAAAAUGACACCAACGUAUUUUUCUUUCUCGUUGUCUGAAGUUAAAUCAGAUCAAACAUUUCUUGUUUUUGCUUAAUUAGAAUUAUAACAAUCAUUUCUAUUUGCUGAAUGCCACAAAAUUUAACAAGAACAUUUUUUUGAUUUUUUUUUUUUGUAACUUUCCUUGAAUUCAAAAGUUUGAUCUAUUUGGUCAGUAUCAGGUAUAUCUGUCUUUCAAAAUGUAAGACUUGUGUCUAACGUUCCAUAAACAUCUGAUAGGUUAGUUGACACAUUUGUGUUAAACCUGUGGAUAUAUUUUAAGGCCACACCUGAAACAGACUGCUUUCUAGUUUGACAUGAUGGGAAAAUAAAAAACAAAAAUCAGCCAAGAUAUCAGGAGAAAAAUUGUGGGGCUGCACAUGUUUGGUUCACUUGUGGGAACAAUUUAACAAUGCCUGAUGAUUCAGUGAUGUUGGGAGUGGAUUCCUCUCUCCACUCUAAUUCAUCCCAAAGCUGUUCUGUCAGACUGCCGUCAAAUAAGUUUUGUCACUCUGUCCUCAGUCAUCCCUGUCUUUACUUUGUUUAGUGUCCUUGUACACAGUCACUGAUGGAACCAUCCACAUACUGUUCCCACAAAGUUUGAAGCUGGUAAUCUCCGAAAUGUUCCGUGUACUGCAGCAUUAAGAGUUCCUCUCACUGAAACUAAUGGCCAAGCAUAACUCCUGAGAACUGCCCCACUCUGUAAACCCUCAUGCACCAAACAAUACACUUGACCAACACAGACAUGUCGGUCUGCUGAAGGUGUUGAUUAUUAAGGGAGAAACCUACAUGGGCCUGCAGGUCUGAAUUUUGACUUGUUUUGUGUGCGAAAAUAACUCAAAACUCAAGGGAAAAAAGUGAAAAUUUCUGUAAAAUUAUGGGAAAUAUUGUUAAUCAGCAGAACAUUCCACCGGACAGCAGAGGGUGCUGUUUGGUUUACGUCUCAGUGAGAGCGACUAUGUAGGUGCUGCAAUAAGCUAUUUUGGGUUCUGAUUAAGCUUUUACUAUUCAGCGUUGGGAUCAAAUCUGAAUUGUAAUUUCUUUCUAUAUUUGUUAAUACAUAUAGCUGCAGGUAUGAAUGAUGAGAUAAUGACUUCAUGCAAUAACUCAGCAGUGUUGUGUGUAACGUGACUUUAUUUGGAGUGAUGAAAGUGUAUUGUGUCCAGUGCAAAUGUCUAGCCAGAAAUUUUUGGUAUGUAAUAAAGUUAUUACAUACCAGACGCCCACAUUUUAUCAUAAGGUCACGUAUUAGAACAUCCGUCAGUAUUAAAACAGUUACCGACUGUAGGGGGAAGAUUCCUGUCAGUUGUUAAUGUACC